AUGGCUGUAACCAGAGGACUGAAUGAUGAUGAAAUACGUUUGUGUGUAAACCUUGAAUCAAGCGAUGAGAAAGAAGUUGCUUUACCGGAGUCAGUCACAGAACUAGCUGAGGAUGAACCGGAUGGUUUGAUACAAGAUUUUCAUGCAGUAGGUUACGCAGGGAAUUCUAUUAGCGAUGAUUAUCUGACCUCACAAGAAAUAUCUCAGAAUUUGAGGAGACAAGGGAAAACUAAGGGUUUUAAGUGCACCAAGAGAACCUUACGGGAAGGAAAAAUAACAGGACAAACAUCACCACCUCCAAAUGUGUCCGUGUCUGAAUACUACGUCAUGGAACUCUCAAAAUCUUUAGUUGGAUCACGCCGCAACAUCACUAUGGACAAGUGGUUCACCAGUAUACCAUUAGCCAAGCACCUAAUAGACAAAGAUUUAACCGUGGUUUGGACAAUCCGUAAAAACAAAGGUGAGAUACCUGAAUCAUUUUUGGAGCAGAGAGACAGAGAGAAAAUAACACGGCUAUUUUUGCACAUGAUGGACCACUCAAAGACAAUAAAUUUUCGACGCAAAUUUUUGAAGGAAUUAGGACUCAAUCUCAUACAAGAGCAUCUGGAACAACGCCUACAAAGCCCUAAUUUGAGGAGGGAUAUAAAACAAAGUAUUGCAGCAACCCUGAAAAAACCCAUUCUAGUCGAUCCUCCUGUACCUGAACGUCACUCACAGGGACGUUGUGGUUUCUGCCCAAGAAAUAAGGAUCGCAAAAGUAAAACUAGCCUGCCAUCUUCAACACCUGACGGCCAUGGACCGAUGGGAGUCGUGAUAUCGAAGUCAAUCAUUCCUGAAAAAUUACGCUCAGCUGGUUUCCAAGCUGUACAAGUACCAGGUGGAACAUUUUAUAUUACCGAUUCCUCUCCAGUAAUCAUUCAGCCAACUCCCAUUUUAGUUAGACCAGCUCCACUUCAUCUGAUCACUCCUGCCCCUAUUACUGUGCAACCCCCACAACAACCAUCUGUAGUGCCCCCAAGUAUAGUUGUAAGGCCUGCACCUUUGCCCCCUAUAACACCUCCUCCUAUCUGCGCACGUCCACCCCGGCCUGGUCGAAUUCAACCGAAACACAUUGUUGUAAGGUUACCAAAACCAGCACCAAUUCAACCACCGCCAAUCACUGUAAUGCAGCCACAGCCGGCUCCAAAAAAUCCACCACCAAUUUUCGUGCGACGACCUACACCACCGACAGUCCAACCGCCAACAAUAUGCAUUCCUACGUCAGCUAUUUUCAAAGGCGAACCAGGCAUAGAGUAUUCAGCACUUAUUUUGGGCAGGACUUUAAGUCAACCGAUACCUGACCCAGAUCCUCAAAUUCCUUGCGGUGAAUAUCCUCCAUGUAAACCCUGUGAGCCAGUACCUCCGUGUUAUCCUUGUGAUCCAUGCUCACCUCCGUGUUCUGAUGAUAAUGAAGCCAUAAAGAUUGGUCCUUGCAAUCUUUCUGAGCCAUCCGUUAAAUAUUUGUAUGGUCAGGCGCCUCAGGGUUCAGUGGUCUUAAAGCCUGGUCAAAUUCGGUUUCGGGCACCUCCCUCAAUAAUUGUCCGACCAAGAGCUAUCCGUCUGCCAACACCACCUGCUAUCUGGGUAAAACCACCACCAGUUCAACCAGCUGCCCCGGCUCCAAUAUACGUGCAACCAGACCCGGUGCAACAGCCUACCCCAGCACCAAUUGAAGUUAGGCCUAAGCCCGUGUACCCACCUCGGCCUGCUCCGAUUGUUGUUAAACCUGCGCCGGUUCAACCACUUAAGCCUGCUCCUAUUAAAGUACAGCCACCUCCAAUACAGCCACCAGCACCGGAAUUACUAGUUGUGACACUUCCCAGGAUUACAGUACCGAGCCCACCCAUCAUCUGCUUCCAACCAAACCCGCCAUCGCGCUUUAGGACUUCCAGGGCGCGGUCAUUUCAUUGUACCAGCCACCAUGUCCAUCCCCACGUAUUCCGUCAUAUGCUUAGAAAACUAAUAAGUUAUCACAUGAUUAAAUUUUAA